AUGCUGCCGAACAACGAAGUCCGCGUUCCCCGUCCGCGGGCGGUUGCGCAGCCCGCAGUGCGCGACAUUACCGCUGAGUUUACAAAAGCCGCCUCGAAACUACAUACUGGCCAGCUUGUGAAGGAUGAGACGUUCACCUUGUUCGAGGCUGUGGGCGCAUUGGAGAUUAUGGACUCGAAGAUGGACAGUGGCUACAUAGCCCCCGGAGAAAAUCUUGCGCAGGCGCUCGAAGACGAUUACGACGUACGGCGGCCGUUGACACCAGAGGAAGUUAUUGGCUUGAUGGAUCAGUUGCUGUGCCACGAGGUGGCGUGGCAUAAGGGACAUCCUCUGUCGCAGACACUUUUCACAUCAAUCUACCUCGAUAAAUUAUUGUGGCCGGUUCCGAGGACCAUGGAGGACGCUCGAUUUGACCGUGUCCCCAGUGAUUCACCUUUGAUCAACCUUGUCCUGCGAGCUUAUUGCCUUUCAUUGGUUAAGGCUUGUGAUCUCGUGCAUGGCCGAGUUUCCACGGAAUACUACUAUGAGGAGGAGGAUUUUGUCAGCCAACUCUACAAUCGCAAUCUUCUUUCUGCGUUCGAGAAGUCCCAUUUCUACCGUCUGCUGGAUCAGGCGACCACUUGGAUCACUGAGGAGAGCAAUUUUGACCAGAAUCUCAAAGAUGCGAUCAACUGCAGACUCUUGUUUCGUCGCCGGUUCUUAUCUGCAUUGGCGCAUGACCUUGACGUUAUUGAGACCAGAUCUACGGAGGACUUCGUCUCAUGUUUGUCUCAGCUCGAACUUUUGUCGACAACCGUGCCACUGGGAAAGGCAGUGCCAGAGGCAUUCAGUCUGAAGAUCCAACGAAAGCUGGAUAGCACAGUGCCGCCUCGUCCUAUGGUAAAUAUUGACUCUGUCGAUGCACUUGCACAUCUGAAACGACUGUGUCAAGAUGCGAUAGACAUGCAGCAGAUGCUUGAUUAUACCGGUCCCAGCAAUUUCAAGACUGCUGUGUGGACCUUGCUUUCUCGAAAACCCCAGCCCUCAGUCUAUAUUCGUUGUCUCCUUCAAGCAUUGAUCGUCAGCAACAUGACGAUCCUCGGUGCUGUACCUGUCAAACAGUUCUUGUACGAUGAACUUGCGGAACUCGUCCUGCCUGCCAAUGUUCUGCUCGAGGCCAACACUGACGAAGUGGAAAUGCCAUCCGACCCUCGAUUUCAGAUUGCACAAAAGAUGGACAGCUUCAUGAAGCGAUUCGCUCAGCCGUUCGUUGACACCGUACGGACUGCUUGUCUCAACCGCAGUCGCAUUCGCCGAACGCUCUGUCAUACCCUCGUCGACUGGGACAAUCUACAGAUAGAGGCAGAAGAGAUUGAUCUCGAGCUUCGCACUUUGAGUGCAGAACCGCCAUUGCAAUUUCAAGGCGGCGAACCGACAUGGUCUUUCCCGCUCAGCAGUUGGGCCUAUCAUCAGAAGCUCGUCCAGUUCCAACGUAUCCUCCAGAUGGGCUUUGAGCUGUCAAUUUAUUCACCCGAAGAGCUGCCAGGCAUGUACUGGUAUUUAUCUCAUAUUUGCUCCACACACCUUGGCCACAUCGAUCGGAUCCGUACGUUCACUGUGGCUGCACGAAAACGCGACUUGAUGUCUGCCGGCGACAGUGAUCGAAGCUCCUCCCAAAAGGCAUCCGCAUUCCACCGUUCAUUCCACGCUCUGGAGAGGUUGACCACGCACAUCAUCGCAGUGGAUGCCUUUGCAAUAGCCCUACAUGCCUUGCAUGUGGUAUUGGCCCGGCACAAAAUUCUCCCGAUUGCCUCUUCUCCCCAGGCAUAUUCUACUGAUCGUCUACGGUAUGAGAUCCGUAUGAAGCCCUUCAUCCCGAUUACACUGCCAGAGUUGGUCCCGUUUGAUGAAUACCAACGCGAGGCGGCUCUCGAAGGUGAUUCUGACGCCGCAAUCCUGGAUCGUGCUUCCAAAGCGAUCACGGAAGCGCGUAAGGCCUGGGAGGCGACACUUACUAAUGGAGCCUUCAUCGAGGACCUUUCCACAUCAUCUAGACCGCCUCCCUCUGCCAUCGAAGAAGAUUGGGAGCGCGAUGUGAAGAACACCAUGCGCGCCUGCAUUGGAACCAGUCUUGCUAUUGAGGCGGUCAAGAAGGGUCUCGCGACGGCCUCUUCUGCUCAAGACCAAUCCCUCAACUUGGAAGUGGUUGUUCCUGAAAUUGGAUCCAAGUCCCGCUGGCAUGACUGGUGGGUGGUCCCGCAGGUGUCAGAGAAGAAGUCCAAGGUUUGA